AUCCGGCCGUUAAAAAUACGCGAGUCUCCGUAUAAUACGGAAUGAGGAAACUUAAAAUCUGAAUUUGGCUCUACUUUCAGGGUUCAGUUGUUUUGGUGGUAAUGGAAGAGGAGACAGAACUGCUCACAAGCUUCGAAUUUGAAGAGCCAAAAUCUGGUGAUGAUGGUGAAGAAAAAAUCGAAGAAAAAGGGAAGAGAGAAAUUUGUAAAAAUGGCUGUGAUAGACCUGCCAAUGUGUGUUUAUGCAAAGAAUUACCGGCAAAACCAUUCUUAACCUACACCAAAAUCAUAAUCCUACACCACCCACACGAAGUUCAUCAUAAGUUAGCAACUGUACCAAUCUUAACUAAAUGUCUUCAAAAUUGUGAAAUCUUAAUUGGUCGACGCCUCCGUAGUGGGCGGUCUCCGAUUUUAGACUCUCUUUAUGAAGCUUCAGUAAGAGAUCCUGCUCUUCCUCAUAAAGCUAUGUAUCUUUUUCCUGGUACUGAUUCUUCACCAGCUAUUGAUUUGAAUGAUUGGGUUGGUGGAGGAGGAGGAUUGGAUGGAGAAGAGAUUAGGGUUUUGAUUGUAUUUGAUGGGACAUGGAAACAUGCAAAGGAAAUGGUUAAGUCUAGUUUACCAUAUUUGUCUAAAUUUGCAACUAGGGUUUGUUUGAAAUAUGAUGUGGAAGUGGGUGGUGAGACUAUUUUUGAUUCAAAAUUGGUUCUCAGGAAAGAACCAUUUAGUGGAUGUAUGAGUACUAUUGAAGCUGUUGCUAGAUCUUUAAGGGUUUUAGAGGAGAAUAUCAAUGGAAUUGAGAUCGAAGGAAAAUUGAUCUCAAUUUUGAAGUCUAUGGUUAAGUUUCAAUCUUCUCAUGUUAUGAAAAAGAAUAUCAAACCAAGACCAAUGUUGAAGAAACAAAACAAGAAACCACAAAACAUUGUUUCUUAACUUAUUGAUUGGUUUACGUUUUUGCUUCAAUGUUAGAAAUGUAAUCCAUCUUUUUAGAAACCUAGAAAUUUUGUCAUGUAACUUGGUGAGUGAAUUGUUUGCAAAAGAAAAAGUGAGCUAGUAAACUUGGA